AUGUCAGUUAGAGCUAAUAACACUUACCAAAUCAAGCUUAAAACAUGUCUCAAAAUGUGUAUUCAGAGGCUGAGAUACGCUCAGGAUAAACAGCAGGCCUUGGCCAAAAAGUAUAGAAGAGAUGUAGCUCAAUUGUUGGUUGAUAGCAAGGAAACUAAGGCUCAUUAUCGUGUGGAAUCACUGAUUAGUGACGAUGUUCAUAUCGAACUAUUAGAAAUCCUAGAAUUGUAUUGUGAAUUGCUACUUGCCAGAAUAAAUAUUCUCGUUAGCAUAAAUGACGAAGCUGAAUUAAUUGCAGAACACACUGAAGAUGGAAUUAAUGAAGCAGUAAGAUGUCUGGUGUUCUCCACACUCUAUGUCAGUGAAAUCAAGGAGCUGAAUCAAUUAAAAGAUUUAUUAGUCCUUAAAUUUGGUAAUGAUUUUGCAAUGGCUAUUGUAAGUGAAAAAAUUGGUGUACCUGAUAAAGUUCAAGUAAAAUGUUCACCACGUAUACCCUCUGAUGAUUUAGUUACCUUAUAUUUGAAGGAGAUUGCUCGUACUUACGAUGCCCCCUAUAGCAAGCUGUCAGACACAGAGAGUGAAGGUGACGAAGAAGAGGAGGAAGAAGAGGAGGAAGAAGAGAUAGAGAACGAGAAGGAUGGUGAUACGAAUGACGGUAAACCUAUCAUUGCUGUUGAUAAUGAUGUAAAGUACGAUACCGAUGAAAAACAUCCAAUUAUUGUUAGAAAACCAAAACAUAAUAGUGAAAAUUUACAAAAUAGUCUAAAAAUACCAAAGGAUAUCAAAAAAGAAGUGAAAGUGAUCCAUCAAAAACAACAGAAACUAACAUCAAAGAAAGAGGAUGAUGAAUUAGAGGAACUGAAAAAAAGAUUUGACGCUUUACGUAGAUGA